AUGGCGGCUCAGAUUCCCAUGACGCCUUCUGCAAGAGACCUCCGCCGGCCCUCCGCAGCAGCCGUCUCGAUGAUGAGCGAGAACACUAGAAAUCCCGACGAGCCAGGCGAAUAUGAAACCGUCGCGCGCCUCGGCCGCCGCCACACCUACCGUGGACUCGACGGACGCCAGCUCGCUGAGCGCGACGAGGACCUGCCAGACUGGAAGCCCGCGCCGCUGCGAUGGCCGUUCCUGACCGUGCUGACUGCCGUCCUGUUUGCGCUGAUGGCCGCCACCAUUUAUGCCGUGCAGACACUCCCCGCUGCCGAUAGUAGAGGUGCGCUAUGGCAGGCGGAGUCGGCAGCAUCAGCGACGAAUUUGGGGGACGUGACAGCGUCGAGCGACAAAUUGUCCAGGCGCGCUCAUGUAGUUAGGAGGGCUCCGGCGGAGCUAUCUCCAGCCAAGACCUCUGCAACUGCGCAACCCAGUCCUGACCCGAGCCAGGGCACUGCAGAGAAGAAGGAACAGAAUUCGGUCAGCUCGGCUAGUAAUGCGCCGAGUACUGCUAAUCGGGGACAAAGCGAAGCAGACAGGCAGAGGGAAGCCGACGAACGGAAUAGGCAGCUUGACGAGCAAAACAGGCAAGAAUCGGAUCGAAAGAAUGGUAAGGAGACUCCCGGAAAUACGAACCCAGGAAGCACUUCUCCAUCGGAAGGUCAUAGCGAGUCGGAAAGGCAGAACGAGGCCGAUGAAAGGAACAAAGAACUUGAUGACAAGAAUAAGGAGGAGUCGGACCAGAAGAACCGACCUGACCAAAGUCCAAGCCCGACCCCGACGCCAACCCCGACUCCGGAACCCACAGCGGGUCAAAACCCCGAACCUCCGACUUCAACGACAAUUACCACAACCCAAACCCCACCGAGUUCACCGACAACUACCAUAGCCCAAACCUCACCGACUGAGAAAACAGAUACCGGCACGUCCACAACGACGUCCGCAACAACGUCCACGACAACGUCCACGACAACGUCCACGACAACUUCCACGACAACGCCUACAACACCAUCAACCACAGAAACCGAGCCAACACAAACCCCUGGAAACGGCUUCCCGGGAGGGGGCAACAGUGGUGGUGGCGGUGGAAAUCUUGGCGACGAAUGCAGUGAUCGUAGGCCUUGCGCCCAAGGGGUUUGCAGGAAUAACAAGUGCACAGAGGAGUCAAACAACGGCGGUGGAGGAAAUGUCGGCGAUGCCUGUGGCGACCGAAGGCCUUGUGGUCAAGGUGCCGUCUGCAAAGACAACAAGUGCGUGGAUGACAAGACCACAACCACCACUACGACUUCAACGAGCAGCACUACAACUUCCUCAAGUAUUACCACUACAACCACAAAUAAUGCAAGUGGCGGGGCGGCUAUUGGGGAGUCGUGCCGCUUCAGGCCUUGCUCUGAAGGUGGAAAAUGUGAAAACGAUCGCUGUGUGACAGACCAGCCCACCAGUGUCCCUCCACAAACCACCAGUGUCCCUCCACAAACAACCAAUGCCCCUCCACAAACAACCAAUGCCCCUCCACAAACCACCAGCGUUCCCGAUAACGGCAGUGGAGGAGCCAAAAUUGGUGAGAAAUGUGGGGUAUGGCCGGUUGCCCCCAGCUGUUCAGAGGGGAAAUGUGUCAACGGAGUUUGCGCUGAGGACACACCAAACAACGAUCCUCCUAACAACAAUCCCCCCCAGAACGGCGGGGCGAAACUCGACCAGCCGUGCGGUAUUUCCGCCCUAUUGAACGGACCGAAGGAUUGUGCUGAAGGCACCUGCAAGCUGUCAGGGUCGGGCUGGAAAUGUGUUCAAGACAGCAAUCCCCAACCUCAGCCUCAGCCGCAGCUGCCUCCAGCACCUAAGCUUGGAGACCGUUGUGGCGACUCGGUAGCCGUGCCUUUGGCGCCGAAGGACUGCACAGAGGGUCAAUGUCAGCGCGGUUCCUCGGGUGUCUGGACUUGUGAAAAGGCGACUCAAAACCCGCCAGACGAGACACCACCAAAUGGCGGCGGCGAUGGCAGCGGCGAUGGAGGUGGGCUCGUGAAGCUUCAUGAAAAAUGUGGAGGCAUUGGAUACACUGGACCUACACGGUGUGAGCAGGGCACAUGCAAAGUCAUUAACUCGUAUCACUCACAAUGCGUUGACGAGGGUUCUGCGAAUGAACCUGGGACUGGAGACGGGCUGCCUAAGCUCUAUGAUAGAUGUGGAGGUAUUGGGUACACUGGACCUACAACCUGCGCACAAGGGACAUGCAAAGUCAUGAAUCCAUACUAUUCGCAAUGCGUUGAUGAAGGCCCUGUGACUGGACCUGGAACCGAUGCCGGGCUCCCUAAGCUCCACGAAAAGUGUGGAGGGAUUGGAUAUAACGGGCCUACAACUUGUGCGCAAGGCACCUGCAAAGUUGUUAAUCCCUACCACUCACAGUGUGUUGAUGAAGCUCCUGUCACUGGACCUGGGAACAGCAACAAUGUGACUAGUCCUGGGACCGGUGACAAUCCUCCCAAGGGACCCAGUGAUAACCCAACAAAUACUCCAAAGCCUGGAGAAAACAACAGCGAGCCUGGAACUGGAACUGGAAACGGCAACGGCAAUAGCAACAAUGAGACUAGACCUGGAUCUGGUGACAACCCUCCAAAGGGACCUAGCGAUAACUCGGCGAAUACCCCAAAGCCUGGGAAAAACAACAAUUCGCCUGGUCAGGGUGUGCAACUAUUUGGUCAAUGUGGUGGGAACGGCUACAGCGGCCCUACCACCUGUUUGCUUGGCUCUUGCGUCAGGAAAGAUGAGUCGUGGAGCGAAUGCCGCCUCGAUGACCCUUGGUCUAACAAGUCUGACGAGCCCCAGACCACGCAAGGAUCCCAGUUGCCAGGGAUUGGUGGGCCACGGCCAGGGCAGGAAGACGACAGCAAAACCACUACUCAAACAACACAGACCACACCCUCGCCUGAUAGAAAUCCGGUCAACAAUGGCCAGAGCCAGCCGGAACCCACCAGAGCUCCUCUUAUCAACAGUCCAGCCCAGACGGACAGACCUAAAGUUGACCGUCCAGAGGAUGAUCAGAAGGACGAGGAUGCAUCACCACAGGGUGGGGGUCGACCUUCCAAAUCUGACAGUGAGACUACUUCCCGUCUAGGCAGACCAGCACCUGUGCCGACGACGAGGUUUGAAUGGAUUCAAGUCAAGACCAUUACAACGACAGACAGCAAGGGAGACAGAACAACCUUGAUCAGCACUCCAACACCUCAAGUACAGAUUGACAUCCUUACUUUGACUGAUUCCGAAGGAAGAUCGACAGUAACGACAAUCACGAAAACGGUAGCACCCAGGACAAGCACAUUGACCGACAGCAACGGGGUUCCCACGGCUACUAUAACAGAAUACGCUGCCAUUCCGACUUCUGCCGCGCAGGCGAGCACUGCACCUGUCGAGGCCAUGUCUCGUCUCAGCAGGUCUCAGCAUUUUGCCGCAUUUUUCCUUCCUCUACUCUUGGCCGUUGGCCUUCUUGCAGUAGCGCGCAUGAUCGAAACGACUGCUAGGCAGCUCCAACCAUUCCAUCGCAUGACACAUCCCUUUGGUGCACCCGCGGCGGAGUCUUUCUGUCAGCGUGUAGGCUUAAUUGAGACCAUCCCGAUAGCCUUUAAGAGCCUCGCGAUAAAAGGGGGUGUCUUACGCGAUCCACCGGUAUUGUUGCUCUCAAAGCUAUUGUUGCUCCUCUCUGCUGUCUUGGUUCCCCUAGCCCCGGAGGCCUUGGCUCUCAGCAUGAGUGAGAACUGUCGCCCUGAAAUUGGGUAUGAGGGUUGCACAGCCUCGGUCGCCAUCUUCUCCGUGCCGGCAUGGGCUGCAGCUGGAGUGAUUGCUACAAUGGCAGUGUUGGCGCUACUUCUUGUGGUCGGCCUCCAGAGAUGGACGACGGGCGUAGCAUCGAAUCCAUGGAGCAACGCUGGCAUGGCAUCCAUGUGUGCCAAUCCCGAGGUUAGAGCGAUACUACUAUCUCUGCCCAAUGGUUUAGGCGCUCGACCUAGCGCGCCCGGGAAGAGACCCCCGAGAGAAAGCACCACCACCGGCAGAGUCAUCACACACGAGCAGCUCCUCAAUGCGGCAGGCGAUCGAACGUUCCGCUUGGGUAUGUUUCCGACUGAGGUGGGCACCGACGCCUCUUCGCUCAGGGAAAAUGCCUCGGCCGACUACGGUGUUGUAUUAUGCAACAGCGGAUCAGAAGGAAAUUCCCUGACGGCCGCUGGCGGUGUCAACCCAGACAACAUCGGCAUAGCGAUAUCAACACCGAUGACUGGGACAACCGCAUUAUCGACUGCAGACGAAGACAUCGAGGAGUUCGAAUACAGUGACGACGAGGACGAGGAUGAUCUCGGACCUGCUGAUAAUCGAGCCCCGCAAGGGGCGGGUAAAUUCGCGCCACUGCAGCGACAGGAAGAACAUCAUCUGCCCUUCAUGAUGUUAACAUAUGGACCUCGGCUUGUAUUUGUUGCCUCCGCUUGCGCCUUGCUUGUUGUCAUUAUGUAUCAUCAGAACAGCUCUGCGGACGGUGGUUUCGAGCGGUUCAUGAACCAGGAGGGAUUCGGGGCCCGGUUGCUAUUCACCAUCGUCGGCGUGGUAAUAGCAUUUUUCUGGGCUUCGUUCUUUACCAACAUAUCACUCAUGAGCCCCUACCUGAUGCUCUCUGUCGCUCCGCAACGCGCCGAACGCUCCAUCCUAAUCUCACCAUCAAGCAACCCGUUCUCCGGCCUGUACCGCGCGAUCCGCGACCGUCACUUCUUCCUCGCUGCCGUGGCUGCGACCGCGAUCCUCGCCGAAGCCAUGCCCAUCCUCCUCCACAACCUACCCUCGCGGGGCGACCUCAUCGCCUCGAAGUACUCGCCGCUCUACCAGGCCUGCACUUGGACCUCUGUCGGCAUCCUCUGCGUCAUGCUGGCAGUGAUCACGACGUCCUUCUUCGUCAGUUGGCCCCACAUGCCCUCGGACCCGAGCAGCCCGGCCGGCGCCAUGUUUUACGUCUGCGACUCGCCCGGCAUGGCGUGGGCGCUCGAGGGCACCGCGCUCCAGAGCCAAAGGGAGCGCGACAGCGGUGUCAGGGCGCUGGGCAUGACGUACGAGUUUGGCGCCAUGGAGGGCAUGAGCGGUCGGAGGAGGGUCGGCGUCGACGCGGAUGAGACGUCGGGCGCGGCGCUGGUCGACCAGCCUGAGGGUGCUGUUGUAUAAUUUUUUUUUUAAAAAAAAAAAAAAAAACUGUUUUGUUUCUUUUUUUGCAUUCCAGGUCAUAAAAUAUGGGAAUGGGGCAAAUUGGCGGGGGUGGUUAUCUUUUGGCUUUGUUGUUUGUACGUACGUACGGCUGGGUAUGAUACCAUUUGUAUUUUUCGAGAUAAAGAGGGAAGCGGGACAGCGGCAUUUGGUCCAUUGUUUCAGCGUUAAGUAAUUUUCUUUUUUCUUUUUUCCUCAUGUUCUUAUCUCGGGAAUAAGAAGGGAUUCCCCUUCGUCUAUAAUGUUUUAGACUGUUGAUCUUGACAUAUAAUACAGCAUAUAUACAUUAUCACAUAUAAUUUGUUCGGCAUAUCCAACAUUUUU